CGACCGCCGAUUGGUCGCCUCGCCCACUUGCGCCGGGCGCGGCAACCUCAGCCACACCCGCACCAACCCGCCCGCGCUAGCUGCGACCCGGCCCCGGCGUCCAGAAGCUUCCGAGCCGGCCGGUCAUGAACGCGCCGCGCGGCCCAGAACCUUCCGUCCCAGCCCCCGUCCCGUCGCGCUCGCUCCCGUACUCGGCAGGAGUAUUUAUCAGCGAGCACCGCCCACUUUCCCGCGGAAGGAAAGCAGCCAGCCAAAGACCACCUGCGUUGCGUGCCACUGUGCUACCCAAUUCUUUGGUUCUUUGGAUUCUUCCGUUUGCGACAGGAGAUCGCUGGUUGUUUGCUUGCUCGGCCACGAGGAGGAAUGGACCGGGUGCUGCUGCCGGUGAGGGUGAAGGAGGAGUGGCCGCCGCCGCCGCCGGAGGAGGAGGAGGAGGAGUUGGAGCACGGGGGCCUGGCGCCGCGGCCGAUGGAGGGGCUGCACGAGACUGGCCCGCCGCCGUUCCUGACCAAGACGUUCGACCUGGUGGCGGACCCGGCCACCGACGGCGUCGUCUCCUGGGGCCGCGCCGGGAACAGCUUCGUCGUCUGGGACCCGCACCUCUUCGCCGCCGUGCUGCUCCCGCGCUUCUUCAAGCACAGCAACUUCUCCAGCUUCGUCCGUCAGCUCAACACCUACGGUUUUAGAAAGAUCGAUCCAGACAGAUGGGAAUUCGCGAACGAGGGUUUCAUUCGGGGCCAGAGACAGCUUCUAAAGAUGAUAAAGAGAAGGAGACCAUUGUCCUAUCUCCCUUCACCACAACAUCAGGCCCUUGGCUCCUGCCUCGAGGUUGGCCAGUUCGGAUUGGACGAAGAAAUCGAAGUGCUAAAGCGCGACAAGAACGCCUUACUCGAAGAGGUGGUGAAACUGAGGCAGGAGCAGCAGAGCAGCAGAGCUGACAUGCGAGCCAUGGAAGAGAGGCUGCACCGCGUCGAGCAGAAGCAGCUCCAGAUGAUGGGUUUCCUGGCAAGAGCAAUACAGAACCCUGACUUCUUUCUUCAGUUGAUCCAGCAACAAGAUAAACUGAAGGAUCUUGAGGACGCUUAUUCGAACAAGAGGAGGAGGUCCAUCGACGUAAUGCCGUUCCUUGGCCCUGAGGGGGCCAGUCAGAGUGAGCCACUCGAGUCCACAUUCAUAUUUGAGGACAGGGAAUUUUCAGAGCUGGAGAAUUUAGCCAUGAACAUUCAGGGGAUCAGGAAGGGCAUGGAGGGUGACAGAGGUGGUCGGGAUCAAGGCUGCGGUGAGGCCGAACUGACUGACGACUUCUGGGAGGAGCUGCUGAGUGAAGGAAUGAGGGAUGAAGCUGAGAUGGUAGAGCUGGAAAGGAGGAGAUCUAGAUAUGUCGACGCGUAGCGCAAAGUAUGGGUCAUUUAAGUAACAGCGAUCCAAAAUCUACCAGAAUUCAUAACCAUUUAAUCUAUAUACCAUUGUAUUGAUAGCUGUAUUGUAUAUUGUAGUGCUAAUUCAUAGUCAUAGACUGAUUGUAUUGCGGUUCCACACCGAUUAUGUGGUAGUAUAUAUCUAGUCGUAUAAAAACUAUCCCUGGAUUCUCAUCGGCAGUUUUCUACUCUGAUGAUCUUUGUUCAUACUCAGGCCUGCUGAAUGAAUGAUUGUUCUUGGUUUA